GGGAAUAAAGAAUAUUUGGUUUGCAGUUUACAAUUGACAGCCUAGAAACAUGUCAGCCUCCCAGGAAGACGAUAUGACAACAGUGCCGUGUGCCGUUAUCACCAGCUCUGAUCCUGGGUUUAAGGAGGAAGAGUUAGUUAAACAGAUCCUCGGUGGAGGGUCGUUGCCUGAGGCCUCCCAACAGCAGGGGGCAGUAAGAUGGUAUCCCUGGAACAUCGACAAUAAGUACUACACAGCAAACGUCAGUCUCUGUGUGGUACCCAGUACGUUCCAGAUGACCAAUGAGAUUGCACAGACAAUGCAGGCCUUCAUUGUAUUCUUCGACAGCGCUGUGUCUGGAGGUCUGGACCGGGUUAACUCCUGGCUACCUGUAGUGGAGGACCUGCUUCCAGAGGUGCUGAUCUUGGUGUGUGACCAUGUGUGUGACAGUGGAGUCAGCAGGCCGCAAGCACACCAGUGGUGUCUGAGUCACGGCUUUGAACUGGUGGAGCUAAACCCGCAAGAUCUGCCGGAUGAGGAUGACGAUUUCCCGGAAUCGACUGGGGUGAAGAGGAUCGUCCAGGCACUCAAUGCCAAUGUUUGGUCAAGUGCGGAAAUGAAGGAUGAGCACAACCAAGGGUUUGGCCUGAUGAGUCGCCUGGUGGCAUCCCGACACAACAACCCCCGGCCCAGCCAUGAUUCAUCUUCCUCCUACCUUCCAGGAGAGGGUGCAGAGAACAGCUCUGGUGCAGACAGGACCGAGACUGCCGUGAACAGCGGAUCACAGGGGGAUGCACAUGUGGAUCCCACGAUAGACAUGGACAUCCAAGAGCUAGCCAGUCUCACCAUCGGGGAUACCGACGUGGAGAACUUCGAGCACCUCUGCACCAAGCUGAAACAAAUGAAGGAUAAAGCCUCCACGCUGCCUCAUGAGCAGAGGAAGGAACAUGCAGAAAAGGUUGCCAAGGCUUUCUGGAUGGCGAUUGGGGGUGACCAGGAAGAGAUCGAAGGAAUUUCAUCAGGCGAUGAGAGUUAAGGUGUAGUUCACACCGCCCAAGCUGAUACACCCACACCAUCCCUCCACCUCUCCCAUUGGUGGGUCGGCUCCCAGCCGAUUCAUUCUCCUCGGACUCCCACUCGGCGUGUAACAUCCAGGCACUGCAUUUUUUUCACUGUCAGUGAUUUGAAGAGAAUCCAUGAUUGCAGUGGCCUCAGAGAAAAGUAUUGCAUUUGGAAAUGGUUCCAUGUGGUUUGUGUUCUCGCCUGGGCAUCUGUAGACCAUCUCCCCCCCCCCGGCAUUGUUUUCACACUACAGAACUAGGAUGGGGAAAGUCGCACCUUUAUCAAUCCAUUGUGUGACAAAUGCCUUUUGAUCCCUGUGUCUAAUUAAAAUGUUAACAGCCAUUCAAUGAAAUCU